GGCUUGGCGCCGUUGCUUGCGAUGCCGACGUCGGCAGCUGCCGGAGCCGCGUCAGGGAGUCGCGGCGGAAGGCACGCCAGAGCUAGGAAACUCCGUAGUUUCCUGAUUGUAUGCAGGCGCACGAGUGCUGGAGGCCCGCAGGCCCGCAGCUUUUUACAAGAGCGCCGCAGUUGUCCGCUUCCAGUCGGUCGCGCCGUUUGCGGCAGACGCGCGCUCGGUGGCUGCUCGGCUGUUGCGAGUGAACUACCGAAGCGUAGCGGCGGCGAUUGAGGAAGUUGGCUGCCGCAAUUUUCGCGGAGGUCACGAUUGAAACCGACGCCCAAGCCGGUGGUAUGUGCUGUGUUUGUGCGCGCCUGUCUGUGACUGGUUUUGAGCGGUGGUGCGUCAUCGUGCGGUCGUUGUCCUUGUCAUGUUGUCGCGAGGCCGAUCUUGACGCAACGUGAAGUGUCCGAAGACGUCUGUAGGAGGGGUCCUCUAGGCUGGGACGGACCCUUCCUCCGAAAUUAGAAAUGGUGUGCGGUCUAGGACUGAUCAAGGGUGUCCUGUGUGCCCUCAACUUGACGAUCUCGCUGCUGGGAGUGGCGGCAAUUGUCGUGGGCGCCAUUGUGCUCAACAAUCCAAACCUCCACGAUGUCAACGACCACUUGGGAAAGUUCUCAAACUACCCGACUGCUGCCACAUUUGCCCUUGUGGCAGGCGUCAUGGUGCUACUGUUUGGCGUCUGCGGCUGUUGUGGGGCCUGCUUUGGUGUCGGCUGGCUCCUGCUGAUGUUUAUUAUCAUCAUGGCCGGCUUCGUGAUUGUGGAAACCGUGGCGAUGGGACUUGUCUGGAAAUAUGCAAACAGUUCCGAGCUGGAACACACUCUUACUUCGACAUUGUACACGUUCAUUGAAGCGAAGAAGAGUGGACUGCCAAACUUCUUGCACGACUUGCAGCAAGGCCUUUCUUGCUGCGGUGCGAAGGGACCAGACGACUACCCAAAAAAUGGCUUCGAAAUACCAUCGAGCUGCUACAAAGAGUCAAAGCCAUUGCCACCAGUACUGCACAAAGUGGGCUGCGGAGAAGCCAUUGCCACAUUUCUGGGUGAGCAGAGCCUCAAAAUUGGUCUCCUGGUGCUAGGCAUCGUGGUUGCCCAGGUGGUUGCCAUAUCGCUGGCAGUUUUUCUAUACUGCAAGCUGUAGACAGCUGCAGAAUUCAGUGUGCCGUCAGCCUGUUUCCAGACCCAUUCGUUGUGGAGCGCGAUUUUUUUUUUCCCCCUUUGCAACGACAACACCGCCCACUGAAGGUGCAAAAGUUUUGCCUGUAGCCAAAAGCACGGCUGCCUUUAUGGGCUCUCUCGUCGAACGUUUAGUCUUCUUGCAAAGUGCCUCUUGUUUAAAAAACACUCAUCACCAAAUAACAGGACUACUUCAGAAGUACAAAAUGAGAAUAUGCAAACGUGCAUUUCCUUACAUUAAUAAGCGCAUAAUUUUUGCUUGUGUAUGCAUGCUUUUAGGUGCCUUACAUGCUGUACCAUAACAUUGCUAACGAGUACUGCGGCCAAAGUAACUUGGCAAUAUUUACAGAUACGGUUUACCGUCCAAUAUUGUGCCACUCCACUGCUGGUCACAGCGACCAGACAACGAAAAUCUAGUACGUUCUUCAAUGAGGAGCUUAAAUGUAGUGCCUUUCGCAUUGAAACCUAUACAACAGAAAAAAGGGUAAUGCUCACAUCAAGCCACCAUUCUUACCUAACAAAACGUACAGCCAAGUAGGUAACUGUAUUAAGACUAAUAGUAUAUUAUACUAAGGAGAGAUUUUGUUCAGCCAAUGUUUUCCUCCUCCUCCUCCUGAAUUUCCAGUGCAGCUUCUUUACAUACGACCCAGCGCAGAGUGCGGUUGCGCAUUCAUUUCUUGGGUGAGCAUUCUUUGGCGUGAUUUCUUGGUACUUCUAGUACUACAGUUUCGCAGCUGAAGCAGACAAUGUCAUGAAAUCUGCGUUUACGAGUAAUUCAGUCCCUAGUCAUGAAAAUGGGUAGUUGUACAGAAAAGCAGACUUUUUGUUUACCUCUUCAUAUAUGCGUAAAUAAGUACUACCGUGCUGCUUAGAAGGAAAUCGACAUAUUUUUUUAUGCUGCACAUAUAACACAUCCAAUAGUGUUGCUUGCUUGUUGUGCCUUCUUUGUACAAUGUGUGCACUUGGUCUAAGUUUGACUUCCAAGCAAAUGUAGCACUGUAUAUAAGCGUGCUAGGCAUCCCAAAGCAUCUUAUCUCGCACUCCACACCUGUUUAACAAAGGCACCUAGUCAGGAUCAUGCUUCCUAACAGAGAGCUAUUUAACCCAAUGUUCAUUUAUUCAAAGAUCAUUGUUUGGCGACCAAACAGGAACUCUGUUAAUUCAUAUUAGUGUUUACUGUUGUAUGAUUUGUGCAUUUUAUCAGACUAGAUUCCUUUGUGUUGAUGUCUUGAGUUCAGUGAGAUCUGAACUGUUUUUCCAUUAGUUGUAGAAUGCUUCUAAGUGUGAGUAUCUCAAUCGUGUUUCUCAUUUAUGACUAGCUAUUAGGGUUUCGAAUUUUCAGUGUUUCUCAAAAAUGUUGGUGGAUAUUUUCUGGCAUUUGUUUUUAUUUUUUCCAGAAAUUGAAUGUUUAUUGGCAUUGAACAUAUCCUACUUUCAAUUUAUCAGAAACUCUGAGCUUGUUUCUCAUAUUUCAAUUGGUUGUGCAUUAUAUACAGGUAUUCCAACUACACAGAAAUGCAUCAGAGUGCUAAAAGCAGCUUUAUUCAAGCAAAUAUGAACAGUCCACACUGGCAUAUUUGCACAGUGCACGUUAAAGCUUGGUUUUUUUUUUUUUAGCUUAUAUAGAAAUACCUAACAAAGUUCAUCAGUGCACGUUAAAGCUUGGUUUUUUUUUUUUUUAGCUUAUAUAGAAACACCUAACAAAGUUCAUGCAUUUCAAUAGAAGCAUCUGUAUUUCUGUUAAUCACUGUUAGCAUAGUGAAUGCUCUUUCUAUAGUUGGUACAUCGGGUUUUAAAAAAAAAAAAAAUCACGGCAGAAGCAUCGGUGUUUUUUCGAUUCAAACCAUAUCACCAAAAAAUUAACCAGUAGGCAUUUUUCAUCUUUUUGGAUUAAACUGAAAACAUGGAGCCCUACAUGUAACGCAUGCAGCAAUUGCUCUGCCAUUGCUGUGCGAGAAAUCUUGACAGUUGGGCCAGAAGCCCUCCUGCGCUGUUGUUUAUUGAGAUUUAUAUGAUAAGCAUUACAUGUUUCUCUGUGUUGUCAUUGUUGUUGUUCUUUUUUUUAACUUUGUGAGAAAGGUCAUUUGCAGCUGGAAUCGCCCAUUGCCAUGCAAGUAGCUGGUUCUUCCGAAUUAUACAAGAGUGCAAAUGUUGCAGUAUAUUUUAUAUACAAUGUUUGCCGCAAUAAAACUGCAAAAACA